UAUUACACACAGUGUGUCCCAAUCAUUUUUACCGAUAGCUUAUUACUUUACUAGAUGAAGGCAUAAAUAGAACAUUAAAAUAUAUUUCGAUUUGAUUUAAUUCACCGUUAUUCUAUGCUUAUGUCAUUUCGUAUAUUGCAUUAAACGUGAUCACAUUAAUUAUUGGAAAGAAAGAAACAAACAAACAAAAAAUGAUCUUUUUGAAGUGGAAAGAGUCUGGAAAUUACACGUUUCUUUCUUAUAUUAUUAUUAUUACUACUAUCAUCCUGUAUUUGUUACCGGUUCAUACUCAAGAUACUACUGGUAAUAACCUAUGGCAGGUUAUAACUUCUUAUCCAAAUGCGUCCAAAUUUGCAGAUUUUAUUCGUGAAAUGGGAUUACAAAAUUUACUUGAAAGACCUGGUUGCCUUGGUGAUGGUGAAUGUUUAACUAUAAUUUUGCCAACAAAUGAUGCUAUAGACUUAAUUUCUACUGAUUUAUCAUGGUACAGUUCAGGGGAUUUUCAAAAGCGUUUAUUCAUACACGGGCAUAUUAUACAAAUAGGUGCCAGUACCAAUCAAGCAUCAGUUCGUUUAACAACUAAAGAGUGGACAAAAUUGGGUCAACAAAUGAAUUUCAUUGAUAUUGGAUUCGGUACGGGUAGUGAAUAUACAACACUUUUUGUCAAAGAACGAUUUGGAUUUUCUACUAUUGUGGAUUCUAAACCUUCAUAUUUCAUAAAUAAUGCCGAAGUUAUGACACCAGAUAUUAUGGCUUCAAAUGGAAUUGUUCACAUAGUUAAUCGAGUAUUGUACACUCCAUAUAUUACAUCACCAUUUAUGGAAUUUUUACAGAAGCAAGGCAACUUGGGAAUCUCCAAAGAAUUAUGGUACCUGUUAAUACAAGAGCCAAGAUAUGCAACAUACCCAGCACAACCCAUCUAUUCAACUAUAUUUGUCGUCAGUGAUUCUGGAUGGACAUCUAUACCAGCUGCACAGAUGACUAGGCUAAAGGAAAAUGUCACCUUGUUAGCAUCUAUCUUAUCUUAUCAUUACUUUCCGAAUCAAUUAAUAUAUCGUGAAUGGCUUUCAGUGAAGCCUAAAUUAAAUGUUUAUGCAGGAUUCCCGAGUAAACCACAGUCUGCGAGUAGUGUUCAACCAAGUGAACUGAAUCCGGCUCAAUUUUAUAAAAGUGAUGAUGGCUCAAUUCUAAUAUCAAGUGGAAAUACUGAAGCAAAACUGGAGGAUAAAAGUUUCAUUAUUCAGAAGGCAAUUAUUCAUAUUAUUAAUAAACCGUUAGCAUUCAUUUAUGAAACACGAGAAGAUAUUUUGAACAGAAUUAAUCCGAACUUGUUAUCCUUAUGCCGGUCAGACACAACAUGUAACAGUUUAUUGACAUCAUCUUCUGACAUAACAAUAUUCUCUCCAAAUACAGCAGCUAUGCAGAAUUUGAAUAAAUUAUCUGUAUCAGACAAAGCAGUUUACCUUAAAUACCUCUUUCUGCCUAUGAAAUUAUAUCUCAAUGACUUGACGUCUGGUCGCCUCCUCUCUAUAGACACUCUAGAAGGUGCAAUUCGCUUCCGAACAAUGGAUCAAACCACUUUCGUCGAAGGUCGACUCCCUAAACAAGGUUAUGUUGCAUCACGUAUCAUCGGUGCUAAUCAGAUAGCAACUAAUGGUAUUGUUCACUUAAUUGAUGGUAUUCCGGGUUUACCUUAUGAAACUGUCCAACAGUAUGUUGCACGAAUUCCUAAUUUAAGUUUAUAUUACAAUACUGGGUUUAUUCAGUCAAUGACUGUUGGUGAACCGUACACAUUCUUAGUACCAACUAAUCAGGCUAUGACUAAUAUGGAUAACGACAGUUCUGUGGGGAAAAAACUACUGGGUGUUAAACUUCGAAGAGAAUUUGUGUUUCGACGAAAUACAUUCCCACUUGACUUAAUAAUUCAAGAUUUGGAUACACAAAAGGUUUAUUCUGUGGCUACAGCAAACUAUGCAUUCACUCGUGAAGAAAUACGCUUGGCUGUCAAAGGUACAAAUCCUGAUAAAGAGGGUUUAUUCACCUAUCAAGGACAAGACAGUCGAAUAACAUCUUUAAGUGGACCUUAUCAAUUUACAAAUGGUCUAUUGUAUGUUGUAGACAAAAUUCUAUAUUCAAAAUCUGAUCUUGAAGCAACAUUGUGUACUGUGUCUGCUUGUGUAUAAGUUAUUCAAACAUUCAACUAAUAUUAUUCAACUUAUUUGUUUGUUUGUUUUUCUGCUUUAUCUUUAUGUUCAUUUACUUCACUUUUUCAAUAUAUUGUGGAGAGUUAUUUGGUGAAUUUAGAAAUUGAUAUUUAGUUUAUUUACUAAUCCUAUGAUUAAACAUCUACUUGAGUUCACUCUCUGUUCACAUGUGUAUAAUAAUACCUUGAAUGUGUUUAAACAAUCAGUCAGUGUCAUUUUCAUUAUACCUUUAAAUGAUGUUUACUAAUAUGGGUUAAUUUUUUCCACCUUGAAACCAG